GGCUCUGACGGAGCGGGGCGGCCCGGGGAGCGGCAUCGGGGUCCCGCUGAGCGAGAGUAGAAAGAGGGGCGGGGGGAGAGGGGAAACAAAAAACCCCUCGUCGUGCAAAAAUGCACUUCGCUCUUUUCUUGUCCUGGUGCUGCUGCCUGCACGGAUGCGCGCUGGGAACCGGCUUCCUCUAUCAAUUCCCGGCAUCGACCCUGCAGCACAACUACCCCGAGCAGAGCUCGGGCUCGCCGGGCAGCGGCUUCGCCAGUCGCCGGCAUUGGUGUCACUAUACGGUUACACGGACAGUCUCCUGUCAAGUGCAGAAUGGGUCAGAAACGGUGAUCCAGCGAGUUUAUCAGAGCUGCCGGUGGCCAGGACCUUGUGCCAACUUAGUGAGUUACAGGACUCUUAUAAGGCCCACAUACAAAAUGUCCUACCGAACUGUGACGACUCUGGAGUGGAGAUGCUGUCCUGGGUUCACAGGGAGCAACUGUGAAGAGGGUUCCCUGGGCCGCCAGCACGGUCGCUCUUCCAGCCAGGACCAAUGCAUGAACUGCACGAGGUUAGCAGAUAUGACUGAGAGGCUGAACACGCUUGAGGCCAAGAUCCUUCUGCUUGAAGCCGCGGAGCGAAGCCCACCACUGGAAAACAACCUGCCCAUCACUGGGACCACCGCCACCUGGUACGACGACUUGCUGCCGGAUGCGUUUCCCCUGCUAAAUCCCGGGACUGUCCUGAGGAAAACGGUGGGACCUGUUGAGCCUAAAGGACACAGAGGUGCAGAGGAGCAGCUAAUACCACAGGGACUGCCAGGACAGGUUGGUCCUCCAGGCCCAGUUGGACCAACUGGUCUUCCAGGACCACCGGGACCAAAAGGCGAGAAGGGACAACCUGGGGAGAGGGGCCCAGCAGGACCACCAGGGCUGUUGGGACCUCAAGGACCAAGAGGACUUCCAGGAGAAACCGGGAUUCCAGGUCCCCCAGGUCCUCCAGGGCCACCUGCCACCCCGAGCCUCCCACUUACCUUCCAGCAAGGGGUUCUCUACUCCCUCCAGCCCACAGCUGAAAAAGAAAAUGGAGAACCCCAGUUGGCUUCCACCGUCAUAGAUACCAUCAUGGCUGGCCUGCCAGGACCACGGGGAGCACCAGGCCCUGUGGGACCCCCAGGACCACCAGGUGCAUCGGGACCCAAAGGGCCUCCAGGACCUAUCGGAGUCCCUGGAUCACAAGGCUUACCAGGCUCUCCAGGACAACCUGGGCCCAAAGGCUCCAAAGGAGACCGAGGAGAGAGGGGGCAAGCAGGUCUGACUGGAGAGAGGGGCAUUAAGGGAUUUCCUGGUGAACCAGGCAAGAAGGGCGAGGAAGGUGAUAAAGGUGCUGAUGGGGAAGGUGUUCAACAACUUCGAGAAGCUCUGAAGAUUUUAGCUGAGAGGGUCUUGAUUCUAGAGCACAUGAUAGGAAUUCAUGACUCUUUAUCUUCCAUUGAGCCAGGCUCUGGACAAGACGUGAUCCCGGGUUCUCCUCUGCGAAGCAGCAUCAAGAUCAAGCGUGGAGGACCUCAGCAGCCUCAAGCCUACCAGAUCCUCUCUUCACUGCUGGAUGACAGUGAAGCCAAAAGGAGAAGCAGUCGGAUGAAGUAGGAGCAUCUCUAUCUUCUCCCUGCCCGUCCACCAGUUAAAGAUACAGUAUCCCAGUGCUUAAUUACAGAGUGCAAAUGAAGUGAGUAGGAAGCUCUAGUAUUGGCAGUUGGAUUUGCUUACCUGACCAAUGCUAUGCCCUUAUUGCAGGGAGUACCUUACCCAGAGCUUGGAGAGGGUUGUAUGGACACUUUUCUUGAUUUUGUUAUUUUGCCUUUGGAAUACCAGAUGUCAUGGAUCCUUGGAAGCUGUCCAUAGCAAUAACACCUCCUGAAUAUGUCUCCAGAGUUUAAUCAUUCCCCUGUUCCCCACAGCCCUUGAAAGUCAGUCGGUAAAGCCCUGCUUAACUGGCUGACAUAAUCAAUCCCAACUAGGCUCAAAGCCAAACCUUAACCUUGUCCUUCAGUGCAGUUGGUGGCAUCUGCUUUUGUUUCAUGCAGUGGUGUCAAGCUGACUCCCAGUUGAAGGUAACACUUUCAUAAGCCUUUAAAGCAUUCUUAUCUGCAGGGAUUUCUCUUAAGCAAAGAACAAAUUGGAAAAUUCCAGGAACGUUUUAAACUGUUCAUCUGAAAAUUCUGAUUACUGUUCAGAAUUCAGCAUCAAAAUCUCUACUCUACAUGUUGCUGAUUGCAUGUGAAUGGCAUUAAUUGUAUUGGUGAAAGGACUUUUGAUGAAAAUGUUGAUAGCGUACACUGACUUCAAUGAGAUCUGACUGUUUCUGUGAAAAUUUAGAGCAGAUGGAUGGAAUAUAAUGGAACUGCAAUGGAAUUUUACCAUGCUGUGUUCAUUUUGCACAUACAUACAGAGAAAGUUUAGUAACACCAGUAACUAUUAUCAGAAAAUGUAGAGUUAAGAAACUAUUACAAAACAUCAAUAAGGAAAAGUAUUACCAUGGGUUUUUUUAUUCUAUGGGAGAAUCUUUGCUACUUGAAUCCCCAGACAGUGUAACAGCAAAUCACACUCUGGGAUUAGUCUUGACAGGAGGUUAUCCUGCACUCAGAAGCUAAAUACAAAAUCAUUCUACUACUUGCAAUAACAACUUUUUGACAAAAGUCCCAGCAUUCAAGGUGAAGAGACUGAACCUGCCCUUCAGUGACCAAUGAAUCUCUUACACCUUCUGUGCAAAUCCAAUUAGACAAGCCAUUCAUGUAGACAUAGAAUUUUGUUAGAAAUGGUAAGACUGAUCGACACAACCAAUGGUACUGUUUUUACUUAGGUGUAUAUAUAUAUACAUUUAUCACUCUUCUGUCAAAUUUUCACCUUUAGACCAGAACAAAAGUGAGCAAAUUGUGUUUGUCAUCUUAACACAUCAGUCACAAACAUUUGUUGCAUUCUGUCUGCUUCCUAGUGCAAGGUAUAUAGCUAUCUGAAAGAGUCAAGCAGUACUGCUACAACUACUUUUUGUCAAAAGCUUUUGUAGAAACCAACGUAUGUAUGUAUGGUCCGUGCAUUCAGGAAUCCUCAUCAUCCAAAGUGACCUUUCUAAGGUAAAAACACAAACAUGCUAUACUGGAAAUGAACCUUAAAAUGAAGUAGUUUUGCCAGCCCAUUGACCACGCAUUAAAUUGACCUUUUGCAUAUAUUGUAAACACACAGAGACAUCAUAGCACCCAAAUGUUACCUCUGAAGGGCAUUGUAUUUUCAGAAAUGAACAGGAUAAAGGCUACUUUAGAAUAACUGAGUUUGCCAAAUGGGUUCGUUUGGCCCCGUUCCCUAGAAAUCCAACCAUCCUUCUCAAAAUGGGCAAAAUAGCAUAAGUUGAUGCUUAACAAGUAACAGAGAAAAUUGUCCACAUGGAGAAGCUUCUACUGCUGUACAGCUACAUAAAUAGCUGAGGAGAAAUCACAGACCAAGCUAAACAUGUAUGCUGAGCAGAUUGGUGCAAGCUAGAGGUACUGGCUGUAUUAAGGGUUCAGAUUCAGGAAUUAACCAAGCAAUAUUGAAAAGGUGAAACAUUAAAUUUCAUUUCACUGGUCCUAUGACUUCAGGGUUGAAUUUGGAGCAAAAGAACAAUGGGUCCAUUUUCAUUUCCCUGGCAUUUUGGAGCUUUCACAUUGAAUUGAAAGAGAAAUGUUUUUUCCUCCGAGUUUGCCCUUAUGAAUUCCAAGCUAUUGCAUUAGCUUAAUGAGUACUUUCUUCAUUCAUAUUGACUAGGAUUUCAGAUUUUAAAUGAAGAAGUUAUUUAAAACAAAUUAAUGGUAAGAUGAAAGGGAAUGUAAUUGAAGUUGUUUCCAAUUAAUCCUGCCAAGCCAACAGUCAUAAGAUUGGUUAGGUUUGGGUUGCAACAGUUUUAAUUAUUGCCUUUUCUAAAUUGAUUUAAGAGCUAUGUCAGCUUUUGCUCUCCACACUUCUUGCUUUGUUCCUGUAUCUCUCUUUCACGUGGAACUGUAUCUUUAAUUUGGGUUACAGUGGGAUUAAACCAACUGGACUUCCCCUCUCACCUGGAGUUUCGUUCCUCACUACUUACGCAAUGGUUGGACCAUGCUCUUGUACAGUCCCAGUUUAAAUAUGCUGUGAAGGUGAACACAGCCUCACACUCAGCAAUUAAUGGCAUUCAUGACUAAGCCAAUCACUCCAACCACAUUUCCCAUCUUAGGCAGGAUACUAAGAUUCAUUUAGCCUGGGCAUCUACGCAUCUUGCCAUGUCUGUGUAACUUAGAGAGUGGAUUUAUUUGGAUGCGUGCUCAUUUAGAAAUAUAUUUUAAUUGAAAUGUUUAGUGCUUUAUCUUACAUGCAUACUGUGCAAUACCAUAGUGUGUUCUUUUCCUUUUUUUCCUAAGACUUCUUUGAAAUUCUUCAUGUUUCUUUGAACGCCAGUGUGUUUCUAACUUGGAUCAGUUCUGGUGGUAGAAAUGCAUUCUCCUUGCUGUGAGCUAACCAGAAGCACAUUGCACAACUGAAAAAUCUUUGCAACUUGUGCACCCUGACGUUCACCAGCAAUCUGGUACACCUGGGAGGUGGAGAAUGCUUCUCUCCAGAGUAUCCAAUUUGCACUUACUGUAAAGAAUUGAUAGCAACCUGGGGAAAUAAGAAUAAACCAGAGAGAAGAACCCUCAUCUGCUCCCACCAAACUCCACAGUAAUUUUCCCAACACCUUCCAUAGGAACAGGGACAGGCCAUAAUAAGCAGAUCCAAGUUGCCAGCUCACAGGAACUGGUGCACAUGGCUUCCUGAAAGUUUGGCUCUGGGAUUCACUUUCAAUCCCAGUCUCUUCCAUGAACUGUUUUAAUGUAAUGAACCCAACCACUGUGACAAAGGCUUCCAAAAGACAAUCAGCUUCUGGAAUUACUUCUUAAUACAGUAUAUUGGAAAUUCUUUCUCUUCCAUGUUUACAGCUUCUGCUUUACUCGAGAUUACAUUCCGUGCUUGGUGAUAUAGGGGUUAAACUACUUGCAGUUUCCAUUAUUGCUUUGAAACCAGGCAAUUCAAAGGUGCUGUAACUGUCCACAGUGCACAUUCCCACCCAUAGAAGGAAACGUUAACUUUUUCACUACUUAUUUUACGCAGUAUCUUUUUAUUUAUAUCAGUGUGUUUUGUAUGUGUGCAAAUGGUCCCAUUGUAAUAAGCUAUACAACAUUUGGUCUUUAAUAGGGCAGCCAUAGGCAGUAUUUUGCAGUCGUGUAGUUUCUAAACUUAGAACACAAAUAAAUAAUCUCUUCUGACACGAUGAGUUAAUUUAUGGCAGGCUCUAAUGUUUGUUGUAAACACAACCUGUUUGUUCCACCUCUUGCAUGGUUACUUACCUGUUUUCAUAUUGCUAUGUUAUUGUUCAAGAUACCUAUUUCUCUUUAUUUGCUAUGGGUUUUGUUACUGUAUAUGGAAUGUUUUGUAUUCAGCAUUUUCUUACAGAGCAGAGUGGGAACAGUAUUCAAGAACCCACAAAUACCAAAGACCUUUCAUGUAAUGC